CUCGUUGCCUCACUUGAAGUCUCACGCCAUUACUCUCCUCUCUCCCUCAUUUUCUCCUCUCCCUCACGCUCAACACCACCACAGAACAGUAGUAGCAGCCCCCCUGUCCUCUACAAACAGCAGCACCUUUCUCCUCCUCCACUAGCAACGGCCACCACCUUCACCCUCCUCUAGCAACAGGCGGCUGUAGGCCCUCCCAAGAGCAGCUGCUGCUGCGUUUCUUUUCCUCCAGUAGUGGAUGCUGCCCCACACGACCACCAAUUGUGGUCCACCACCAUACUACCCAUUUUCCUCUUCACCCCCUUCUCUUGUUUCAUCCUAGUACUUUCCAGAUAGUCAGAAGAUACUGCAACCAAAAGAGGAACUCAAAAUGAAUAACAUAAAGGAAAAGGAGCAAUGCAAUACCACCCCAGACAACGACAUCAAAUGUGAAAAGCUGCAGGAAGGAACUUUGAUAUGGGAGUAUUUGGACCUCAUCUCAAAGGUUUUCACCGUUAACAAUACAGAAAGGCAUGAGAGCAACGCAGAAUUGAGGACAAUUCUGUUUAAAGAAGGAGGGAAUGAUCCAAAUAUGAACAGCUCACAAGCCACACAAGCCAAAACAAAUCAUGAAGAGAAUAAUUGGAUCAAGACCAUUGAUGCUACUAACCUAGACAUAAUUGAACCUAAUGACUUGAGGGUUGAUUUGGGCAAGUCAACCAAAGACCAUCUCCAAUCUAGACCAAACAUGAGUAUUAAAGCAUGGCAAAGUCAAGGGGAAUCAAUAAAGAACCUCACAACAACACUCAAGCAAUACAAUAACAUGCAUUCUGGUCAGCAGACAACAGAGCAACCAUCUGACGACCAGCUUACCUUGCGAGCAUUGGAAAGGCUAACCUGGAGUAUGUAUGAGCGUGGGAUUUCAAACAAUGGCAUCUUUAGACAAGAAAGAAGAAGCCAAGACUCAGAGUUAGCACAAAGAGUCCUCACAGAACCCACGAGAACAGCAACAAGGUCGUGUGUUCGCCUGAUAUUUGAUAAUGGCUGAUCCAGAACUACCAGCCAUCACCUACUGAGCAGCAGACCUUCGAGCCCUUCCAUAGAGGCAACCUAAGCAUCCUAGGAUACACCAAGGGUAGUUUUGGAAUCUCUAUACAUGGAACUUUCCAUCAAGACCUUAAGUGCUUCCUAACGAUCACAUUAAGACACCAAGAAAGGGAGGUCAAGGUCCCCUGGUCAGCUGAUAUCAUACCAGAAUAAUUAGUGUUCUUUUUUGUCUAUUUGUACUUAAAACGUGCACAUGAUGGCCACGUGAUACUUUUUAGCCGUUAUUAUGGUUUGGCUUAGGCUUAGCUCUUUUAGAAGGUCUCAUAGCUCUAUAAAUAAGAGGCCUAAUCCCUUGUAAUAAAACAGUUCAGAUUAAUCAAUACAAAAAUUUCUCAA